ACCUGUUGCAUUCACAACAUCAGCAGCGUUUCUCUCGACAUAGAACGGAAAAUCUACGAAUUUAUCGAUUCGAUUGACGAGAAAAGCGUAACAUUCAAGACACGUAUUUUGCACACAGAAGUUAACACGUAUUUCGUGAAUUUUAUUAUUCGAGCAUAUAUAGUGCACAAAGCAAAACGUAUCAGUUUUUUUGUUUGAAAUUUUCUUCGUUGAGUAUAAUCGCAUCAUGUGUAUCGCCCGUGAUAAUUUAGUAAACAAAGAACGAGAGUUCAAGCUCAAGCAGCAACAGGGGCAACAUCUUCAACCGUCACAACAACAGCGACAACAGCUCAAUAAUUGGAUGCAAUCAGUGCGCAAACCAUUGAAACCGAAACAUGCUACUCGCAAGUUGGUGUCAAAAGCCAAGAUAAAUUUAAACAAAUAUUGGCAUAAAUUCGAAGAAAUUUUAACGGCAGCCGGUGAAGAUAUAAAAUCAAUGUCAUCCACCUAUACAGAAUUUAUCAUUUCACAAAAGUACAAGUACUGCAGCGUUGAACCGAUGAACACAUCCGAUUUGUUGACAUCGACCAAGUUGACAUUGUUGUCGGCGGUACGUAAUCAAACGCCAAAUAAUUUGCACGAAGAGCUAAACACAUUUGUCUCAAAGAAUUCCGAUGAAGACGAUGAUAUAAUGGCAUUGAAAAAUACCAACGAAAAUGGGCCAUCGUAUAAACCAUUCAGCAACGAUGAUCUGUACUAUGGUGUUAAUUUAAGCACAAACAUUGAACCAAUGGGCAUGUACAAGGCAAAACGUUGUUCAUGCUAUCUCGAUCAAGAGUACACGAGCCCAUUGGCCGCCGCACCGCUUCGCAAACGACCAGCAUCAACAUCAUUCAUUCCAACGCCACAAUUUUUAGCCGCCACAAGUCUAGCACAUCCAUCGACAUCAUCAUCACCAGCUCCCCGUUUCAAUCAUCGUAACAUUCGGUUGAGCAUGGAAGAUUGUGAAAAUUUAGAGAACGAAGCACUUCAGGUAUACGGAAAAUUUAGCAUUUACGAUACUAGCUUUUAAGAUAAACACACACAUACUGCCGCAAUGCUUGACAUUUGUUGAGACAUUUUCACAUUGAAUUUCCGAUUAUCGGCGAUACCGUUAUGUGCCUUAGAUUCAAGUAUUGUGUGAGUUUGUGUAGUUAGAGAUUUUCUUUUUUGUUUGAUUUUGUUAAGAUUUUUUCCAUUACUUCCAUUCAAUUACUCAGUGAUUUGAUUUAAGUUUUUAUUUUAUCAAUAUUUUUUUGUUGUUAGAAAUAAUUUGAAACGAAAACAAAAACACAAAUCCAAGAAAAUUCAAAAUGACAUUUUGCGCGUACAUAUGACCUUGACACUGUACGUGUCGAUUAACAGCAUCGCGAAUUAAACCCAUGGAAAAUUUCAAUAAUUUUUGAUAGGAAGGACAGGACAUGCAAAUUAGAUUAAUUAUUAGGGAAAUUAGAUAAAGUUCAAAGUAAACAAUUUCAUUGAAAUAUAAAAUUUUGUUCCAAUUUUUUUUGGAAGAAAAGCUCAAUUCCGGUUCUAUGUUUGCAUAAAACUUUGUUUGAAUUGAUACAAUUGAAAGCGUCCAUUGAACUUUAUCCAUAUUUCCAUAUGCAAUCAGCAAUGUGCAAUUUAGUUGUAGUAAUUAGGGAUCAACAAAACUGUGAUUUAGUUAGAUGUUUGUGAUCAAUUGCGUUUGUCUCUUUCACACGCCAUAGAGAUAGUGUUGAAAUUUGUUAUUGAAUCCGUCUCUCUCACACGCUCACAUGGCGCAACAACGCAUAUGUGGUUUGAUGAGAUGAGUGUCAAUAGCAGUAACAAUAUAGGCCGAUAUUAGUGUCAAUUUAUAGCUUUAGCUCUAUGUUCUUGCUGCUCGUGUGCAGUCGAUGAACUCUGGUAAAAUUAGCUUUAAUUAGAUUUAAUUUGAUACAGAUGUGAUAUAGGGUUAAUGAACGUUCGACUUCGAUUUUCGCCAUUUUCUUUGCUUCCAUCGCAUCAGAACUAAUGAAUUCGAAGCGAAUCAGGUGAUAAAACAUGUGAUAGUAAUUGUCUUCCACAACACAGAGCCGCUCAUUCUUUUGCUUGUCUUCCCUCUAAUGUUCAAUGGGCAAUGGAGGACACAAGCAACAGAAUGGGCAUAUAUUUUGACAACUUUUAAGUGAUUUCGCAAUAUUUUUGCAAUGACUAUAAGGACAAAACAAGCAAUAAUUUCUAUGAUCUCCUCUUAUAAAAUCGAAAAGUAUACGUUCAAAUUCUUUAUAUUUUUUGAUAGAUUUUUUUUUCGGUUGAAAUUUUUAUUCAAAUUUUAGAGCACUUCCCCUUUCACUCGACAUAUAUGUGCAUUGUUUACAUCAAGAUCUGAUCGAUUUUUUCAUUGUCUGUGAUCACUUGCAAUACAUACAGAUCUCGAUGAAAACAAUCGCGCGUCGAUGAAAGGUGUGAGUUUUGUUGGCAGAGUUCAAAAGAGUUUAUUUUUUCAAAAUUUUAUUUUUUUUAUAGAUUGAAAUUUAUAUUUUUUUAUUCAGAGAAAUUUUAUUUACGGAAAAAGAGAGAUUUUUAUAUGUUUUUUAGACAAAAAGUAGAUGAAAAGAGAGAUUUAUUUGAUUUUUUGUGAUGAAGCGAACACACAUACACACACCCACACACUAUGUAGCCAUCAAAUAUCAGUGAUGCAAAAUAGGAUUGCCACUGUUUGGUGUGUUUGUGUUCAGGUGUGUGUGUUCCUCCUCGCUUUCGAGCUUCCAAGUACAAAUGUAGCGUGUCUUCCAUGUCAAUUGCGAUUCUAUUGCACGAUUUGAUAUCGGGUCUUUCCAAACUCAAAACGACUGCAAUGCAUUGACUUACUAGGUUUUUAAGUGAUAGAUUUUAAAACUGUGAUAGCAUCGUCCUGUUUCUCUUCCCCAAAUGGUAUUUUCAUCUUUGCCAUCAUCAUCUUCCAAUUGAAUUUUCCAAUCAAGGUCGUAGGUUCGUCGCUUAAUGUCGUUUGAAGAAGAAAAAAAACACAAUACACUGGUUAUUAUGCAAAUCAUUAAUUUUUGGCAUAUUCAUUUGUUUCGAAAGAUUAAGAUAUUAAUUAAAAUAAGUUCAAUCUACAAAUAGACAAAUGAACCAUGUGAAUUUAAAUGACUCCCAGUUAUAACACUUCCAUUUUUUUUUUGAAAACAUUGUUUUUUACACUUAAUUUAAACUUUAAACGUUUAUUUUUGUUUUAAGAAUCGAAUUGACAUACUUAAUCUCAAUUUCGUAUUGAUCUCCAUAGCAUUUUAGCCAAAUGUUUUAAGUUGAU